ACAGAUUCUGAAAUCAUGGAGGAGGUUGACUUAAAUGGAGAUUUAAAGAGGCCAUGGGACACCUGUCGGGAGGUUCCAAUAAUUGAAGAUGAGCACACACCUUGGAAGAUGCUUAAGCUGCUAAAGAUCAUCACUUUGUGUACAGUGGCUAUUAUGGUGUUUGGAUUGGCGAUAUGCAGCAAGGUUUCUUUCCUUCUCCUCAUCACUUUAUCCCAUGAAGAUACAAAGAUUAUCUCACCAGAUCUGAAACCUGUCACAUUGUUGUGUAUUGGUUGCGCUCUUAUUGCACCUAGUGUUCUUCUGCUCCUCAAAAGCGUCUGGAAAGCAUGUUAUAAAUCAUCAAAGGUGCCAAAGAAAGCCUCUGUAGCCCUGGUUUUGUUCUUCGAGCUUCUAGUUUCUGUGGGGUUGGCCAUUCUUACCAUCGUUGCAAUGCCACACUUGGACAUUGUCACCAAUGUGACGAUUCUUAAUGGUGUGGCUGUCCUCCCUACAUUCCUGCAAGCGGUUGCUCAGUGUACUGCAAAAAAGAUAAAUGUCUCCCUGCUUCCCUCAAUUCUCGGCGUCUUGGCUAUACUCACUGCUUUCUGUAUUUUCCUUGUCCUGUACAUUCUGAAAGAUCUUACAGAUGUGCAGACAGCAACUUGGGUGGGCCUUGCUGUUGGUGGCUGCUUCUUUGUGUCUUUUAACUGGUGGGAGAACUACUUUAUGCUAAUCUGUGUGAACAGAAAAUCAAAGUUCCUUAAAAGUCUUUUUGAGGACCUGACCAAGAGUCAGAACAUGCUGCACAUCCUCUCCAGCUUACUCAGAAUUGUGGUGACUGCCUGUGUGCUUGGUGCUUAUGUCCCUCUGGCCAACAUGGACUGGGACAUUGUAACCUCCAUUCCAAGCCGGGAAACAAGAAUUGUAGUCAUCACCAUUGGAAUCCAGCUAAUCUCCUCAGCACUCUGCUACUGGUUUGCUUUGGCAGCCUUCAAGAUGCACGCUAUACGGAGAUGCUUCAUCAUACCUUUGUACCUGGCUUCACUGGCUGUGAUGGUGUUCUACAUCGUCCCUGUGAUUGUUUACUUUGAGGACUAUAAAUUAAGCCUGAACACAACUGAAAACAUCAACUUCACAAGUUACUGUGACGUAGCUGUGAAUGGAAGAAAUCUAAGUCUGAUUGGUAACCUGUACCCAGAGCUGGUUUUGGACGUUACGCAAACUCUGUGUUUCCUGGACAUGUCAGAGAUGGUUGACAUCGGCUUACUGACAGGUGCAGCAGUUGGAUGGUGGAUUGGCCUUGUGAUGGCCACUAUCCAUAUAUGGUACCUUAAUGUCAGUCGUAUCCAGAAGACACAAGACUUGUUCGUUCGGCGGCUCUAUGAGGGAGCCUUUAUUGAACAAUCUUUACUCCUCAACACCAAAUUCCACAUCCAGACAAAAAAAGGCAUGAAGAAAGAGUAUAAGGAGGAUGGCGACAUUGCUAAGGUGUAUCUCUGUGCAACAAUGUGGCAUGAGACCUAUGAGGAGAUAAUGAACAUCAUGAUUUCAAUUUUCAGACUGGACAAAUACAGACCAAAGGAAGAAGAACCAAAGUUCAACGAUUUCACCUUUGAAGCCCAUAUCUACUUCGACGAUGCCUUUGAAACUGUUGAAGGAAAUCAAAACCGUCAGCUGAACAGCUACGCAAACGACCUCGUGAAGAUCAUCACAGAGGUUUAUGGCAUUUUCACGAACCUUGAUAAGACAUUAUUUGAUAUACAGCAGACAAUUCCUGAUUUGUUCAUCAUUGAGACGCCAUAUGGGGCACGACUUGUUGUUAAAAUGCCUCAUGGGAAUGAGAUUAUAGUUCACUUUAAAGACAAAGAAAAAAUUCGAAAUAAGAAGAGAUGGUCUCAGGUUAUGUAUCUUUACUAUCUUCUGGGUUGGAAACUCAUGACCAACUAUCACAAAGAAUGGAAGAAGGGAGGCAAGGAAAAUGAGCUCAUACAAAAACUUGAGACAGAGAAGCACAACACCUACCUCUUGGCUUUAGAUGGGGACACAGACUUCCAGCCUGCGUCUGUGAUGCUGCUUAUCGAUCGCCUGAAAAUGUAUCCUCGUGUCGGAGCAGCAUGUGGCAGAAUUCACCCUACCGGAUCAGGUCCUGCUGUUUGGUUCCAGAAGUUUGAAUAUGCUGUCAGUCACUGGCUGCAGAAGACAGCAGAACAUGUCUUCGGCUGUGUGCUGUGCAGCCCCGGAUGUUUCAGUCUGUUCAGAGGAGAGGCUUUGAUGGAUGAUAAUGUGAUGAAAAAAUAUUCAACCACAUCCACAGAGCCCAGCCAUUACAUCCAGUACGACCAAGGUGAAGACCGUUGGCUGUGCACUCUGCUACUGAAACAAGGGUGGAGAGUGGAAUACAAUGCAGCAUCGGACGCCUACACCAAUGCACCGCAGGAUUUCAAAGAACUGUACAAUCAGCGAAGACGAUGGGGGCCUUCCACCAUGGCAAAUGUUGUGGAUCUGCUCGGUUCCACCAAUCUUGUUUCCAAAAAGAACCGAUCCAUGUCCAAACCGUUCAUGUUCUACCAGCUGUUUGCCAUGAUUUCUGCCAUCCUUGCUCCGGCCACCAUUGUUCUCAUGGUUGCAGGAAGCCUGUCGUUCCUCCUGGAGAUAAAUACUGGCAUUGCUCUGGUCAUAUCUGUGAUACCUCCAGCCAUCUACUUGGGUCUUUGCUUUAAACUCAAGACAGACACUCAGAUCACUAUUGCAGCCGUGAUGAGUAUCUUUUAUGCAAUCCUUAUGUUGGUGGUGACCAUGUCCAUUAUCGGUGCAAUGGUGAAGGAAAAAACCAUUCUGACACCCAGCAGUAUUUUUAUUGUGGCCAUGUCCAUCAUUUACAUUGUGACUGCACUGAUGCACCCUCAGGAACUCCCUCUGGUGUUCUAUGGCUUUCUCUACAUCAUCUGCAUCCCCAGUGCCUACCUCCUGCUCACCAUCUACUCUAUGGUGAAUAUGAACUGUGUCUCUUGGGGCACUAGAGAAGCAAAACCUGCUGCAGGGGCAGGAACACCUGGAACCAAUGUCCAACAAACACAAUCAGAAAAAGCCAAAAACACCUUCAAGAAGCUCUGCUCAUGGAUGAAAUGUUGCAAAAAACCCAACCAGGGAUCAGAAGUUGAAGAGAUCAGCAUAAGACAGAAUUUGGACCCAGUGGGGACACAACUAGAACCUCAACCCCAGAACACUAUUAUAGAUGAUGUCUUGGAAAAUGAGCAAGUGCAAGAGGCAGCAGUUUGUGAAACUCCAGUUCAAAGUUGGAAAACACAACUAAUGAGCUUGUCUAGGGACAUUCAGCUGCAGGAGGGUUCUCUUGAUGAGGAUGAGCAGCAGUUUUGGAAGGAACUUAUUGAAAAGUAUCUGAAACCUUUGAAAAUUGAUAAAGAAACACAGGAAAGGACUAAAACUGACUUGCAGGAGCUGAGAAACAAGAUCAAUUUUUCGUUCUUCUUCUUGAACGCUCUGUGGGUGGUGGCAGCAUUCCUCUUUCAAGUUUUUGAUGCCUUUGUUAUCGAGAUAAAUAUUGUGGACUUCAACCUUGUGGAAACUGGAGGGAAAUUCCAAGUUGAACCGAUGAGUCUCAUGUUCAUCCUGGGCUUUGCUCUGUCAGUCCUGCUCCAGUUUCUUGGGAUGUUUUACCACAGAGUCGUCACCCUUAUUCACUAUGUCGCAUUUUUGGAAACUGAACCAAAACAACAGAAAUAUGCACACAAAAAACACAAAAAACAGAAAUCUAAAUCCAUUGUGAGUUCAAGCUCAGCCUCGGCAUCCAGUGCUCAUCAAAGCAGCAUCGCAGAAGACCAAGAGGAUGAAACAGAUGAUGAACGGGAUGAUGACACAGAAGUAUCACAGUUGGACUAUGGAGAUGAUUUUCUGGAGGAAUUUGUUUGA